AUGAAUAAAAGUGUGGAGAGUUUAUUAAAAUGUAAAAAUGCUUCAAGUUUUCUUCCUACUUCAAGAAGAAUUGUGCAAUUUUCUAAUGGAAAGGGUCCUGGACCAAAUGCUCGUGUGGUGUAUAUUGAUGGAGCAUUUGAUCUUUUUCAUGCUGGACAUGUUGAGAUUUUGAAGAGUGCUCGACAACUUGGAGACUUUUUGCUUGUGGGUAUUUAUACCGAUCAAAUUGUGAGUGAACAAAGAGGAACACAUUUCCCACUUAUGCAUUUGCAUGAAAGGAGUCUUAGUGUUUUAGCAUGUCGAUAUGUUGAUGAGGUCAUCAUUGGUGCUCCAUGGGAGAUUACAAAGGACAUGAUUACAACUUUCAAUGUCUCAUUAGUUGUGCAUGGAACUGUUUGUGAGGGCAAGUCUUCUAUUAAUGGCAAGUUAGAUGAUCCUUAUUCGGUUCCCAAAAGUAUAGGCAUCUUCAAAAUGCUUGAGAGUCCAAAAAAUAUCACUACAACUUCUGUGGCUCAAAGAAUAAAGGCCAAUCAUGAGAUCUAUGAGAAGAGAAAUGCGAAAAAGGAAGCGAGUGAGAAAAAGUUUUAUGAAGAAAGAAAAUAUAUAUCGGGAGACUAAUUAAUGAUUUAGGGUUAUCAUUCAUAUACUUUGACAUAGAAGAAGGUGCUUUGAGAUGAGAUGUAUUUGUAAGUUUUGUAUUUUUGAUUUAUAGGAUGAAUGAUUAGAUGGUUGUUAUGAAUAUGAACAAAAAAUUGAUUUAGGGUUAUCAUUCAUAUACUUUGACAAACAAGUAAUGAAGUUUUUUCUUGUAUUUCUGU